AUGUUGUCCAAGCAGUUCUGUUGGUUGUUGAUUGACAGUUUUGUUGAAGAGUUCAACAAAUACAUGGCAGAAGUUUUUGGACCAACAGAGGUCAUAUGUGUAGAUGAAUCUAUCUCCCGCUGGUAUGACCAGGGUGGACAUUGGAUCAACAUUGGAUUGCCAAUUGCAAGGAGUGGUUUGGUGUCACGGACAGAGGAUGGAAAGCCUUCAAUGGUUGCAUGUGUUUGGAUUGACCGGGAGCAGCGGUACUUCAUUUCAAAUGCAUAUGGGCUGACUCCAGGUUCUCUGUACAUCAGAAAACAAUGGAGGCAAGAAGACCAAGCACCAAAUGCACCCACCACACAAGUAACACCAGAAGUGCCUCAGCCAAAGGUGGCUGAAGUCUACUAUGAUUCAUGCGGAAAGAUUGAUCAGCAUAAUUGCGACCGACAGGAUACACUUGGUGUGGAGCGAAAAUUGGUAACCCACUUCUGGGAUAAACGGGUUGGCUUGACAAUUUUUUCGAUGAUUGCAGUGAAUUUGUUUUGUAUGUACAACUGCACUGUCCAGAAUAGCGUGCAGCAAUGCAGGAUCCUUUCCACAGGGAGCUUAUUGCUAGCGGAUUGUCCCAACAAUGCUCCAUUCUUGGCGGCAACUCUCGUCAAACAACAAACGGCUUUGCCUGACCGCAUGCAGGUAGCUCAGCCCAACACGUACGCGCCUAACAAGGUUGUUGUGCUAGCCAUAGCUGCGCCUUGGAAACAGCGACCCUAUACAGGUACUGCGGCGUCUAUACGGACAGGCGCACCACGGAAACAAUCCCGCAUAAACUACAGACUUGUGCUCCUUGCGGAACUCAUUGCCUUGGUGGUGGGAAUAGCAUUGGGGCUGACAGCAAAAUCCAGUAACAACAACACCGACAUUUUUGUGUUUGACAACAAUCUAGCGGAGGAGGAUAGCAGGGAGAAUGAAGAGGGAAAUAGCAGGAAGGUGAAAACAAUGACUGGGACUUGUACACUUCUGUGCUCAAUUUGUGCCCCCAUUCCGGCCGCACCCUUUUGGUAA